AUUGAUCAGACAUUUGCCUCUGAAUAGUUAAGCAAUAUAUUAGCUCUUAAUGGUUCAGACCUCUUACUGGUUCAACACUUAAUGGUUCAGACCUCUUACUGGUUCAGCACUUACAGAUUCAGAAGUUUCCAAACAGCCCCUAACUAAUAAACCAAACAUACCCUAAACCGCAUAUACUUCUCCCAAUCAUCCGCGACCAGUUAUACACGAAGACAUCGGCGGCAAGCCGGCGACGGCGAUCUCACCGAUUGACUGCACCUCUCGGUUUUUCUACGAAGGCAUUUAGAUGAACUACAAGAAGCCAUUAACCUUGUUUCAAGAACUGGUGAAGUCGCGGGGGCGUUUGCUUGGUUUGGAUGUGGGAGAUAAGUAUGUCGGUCUGGCUGUUUCUGAUAUGGGCAAUACAUUAGCAUCGCCUUUGAGUGUGCUUGUUCGCAAAAAGUCGAAUAUUGACUUGAUGGCCACGGAUUUCCAGUCUCUCAUAUCUAAGCUUUCUUUGGAGGGAUUCAUUUUUGGCUACCCUUUUGAUCACCAAAAAAAUAACCGAGAUGCUGUGCAAGUUAAACUUUUGAUUGAUGACCUUUCUGAAACUGGAAAACUUGACGGUGUAAAGUAUACUUUUUGGGAUGAAAGCUUCACAUCGAAGAGUGUAGAGAUGUUAUUGAAGCCCUUGAAUAUGCACCCUGUUCAGUCGAAGACCAUACUGGACAAAUUUGCUGCUGUUGAAAUACUUCAGGGGUAUUUGGAUUUUGUCAACAGAAGUGAUAGGCUGAAGUUAGAAAGAGGGGAUGCCAAUGUCGAAAAAAGGAGUGAUGAUUCACGGGGAGGAUGAAGAAGAGUCCUCUUGUCAUCACCCAACCUUCAAUGCCAUAUGACUAAAGGCCACAUUACCCCCACAAUAUCAUGUUAUAUUCUUUAUUAUAUCAUAACUUCUCUCCAUUCUCUCGUGUCACAAAUUUUCUAAAAAGAAAAACUCACACCUCAAGCCUGGAUUUUAAUGUUUAAUGGUGUUUCAAACUUGUUAUUUCU